AUGAUCUACGACUUGGAAUGGGAUGGCAUGCGCAGUCAAGCCAUUCCCGAUAUCCGUGGCCUUCCUACAAUUGAUUAUGCGCUAUUUCUCAUUACCGCAACUAAAUUCCAUACCGGGCAAAUAUUUCAUUUGUUCGAUGAGACCAAAUUUAUAGAAAAGCUUCACCACUUCUACGAGAACCCAGCGGAAAAUAUUCAUACGGCAGGAUUAUGGCUUCCACACUUCCUAGUCAUUAUUGCUCUUGGCAAGGCGUUUGUUGGAGCACAAAGCCGCGGGAAUAUGCCCCCUGGCUCUGAGUAUUUCAGGGCUGCUUUUAUGAUGCUCCCGGACUAUAGCUUUUUGUGGAAGGAUCCUUCUACCUCUGCAGAGAUUCUAUGUGCAUUCGCUUUGUACUUGCAGUCUAUUGACUGGAGAACCUCCGCACAUAACAUGAUUGGUCAAGCACUGCGAAUACUGCAGGUUCAUGGUUACCACCUGGAACUUUCCACCCGAUUCACCAAUAAGCAAGAUCUGAUGCGAUGGCAGAAUAUUUGGUGGACUGUGUAUGUCCUAGAGCGCCAAAUUUCCAUGCUUAUGGGUACGCCUCUUAGCAUUAGCGACAAUGACAUCAAUGUCUCAUUACCUUUUUUCCCGGAUUCUUCGCUGAAAACAGCAACCGUCGCCAUCCAUGUCAAGUUGUGCAAGGCUUUUAGCCGCAUUAUGAAUGCCCUCUAUAGAGAUAACAGGGAUCUGGGAUCUACAUUUGUGAAAAGCACACAGGAUGUUCUACAAAGAGUGGCAGGUGUAGCUUCUGAACUCCGGGAAAACUUCCCGUUACCUGACCAAGGAGCCCUGAGUGGCAUUUCUCGUGUAUCCGGGUAUUUGAAUUUGCUAUACCAUCAGUGCAUUAUGCUUGCUACUCGACCGUUUUUGUUUAUGCUAGUCGAGAGUCGAGCUAAAUCAACAGACCUUCAGGUCCAAGUUCCUGCACCUAUCCAAUUACUUCUACAAAUCUGUCUCGAUUCAGCAAAGAAAACAUCCCAGAUUUUGGGAUCUUUGCAAGAGCAAAACUUGUUAGAGUGCUUUUUGCCGUUCGAUUUGGAAAGCGCUGUCUCCGCCGGCCUUGUGAUCACUAUGACCUCGCUAAUCGGAUGGUCGACCGUGGGAAUCUGA